UUUUUUAAAACCUUAUCAUUAUAGCUAAUAAUUCAUAUUAUCAUCAUAAUCAUGUUGCCAUGUUAUUUUUGGUAAUAUGUAUAAUUUUUUACAUUAUUAGUAACAUAUGCUAUAGUAAAUUAUGUAUAAUAUAUAAUAUAUAUUUACAUUUAUAACAUAUAUUUAUAACUGUAAAUAAUUAUUAUUACAGUGUAUAGGUGAUCAACAAGGUGCACUAAUGGGUCAAAUGUGUUUUUAUGCAGGCCAAGCCAAAAGCACAUUUGGAACUGGAUGUUUUCUAUUAUAUAACACUGGGAAUAAGGUAAUAAAUUUAAAAACCAAUAUUUUAAAAUUUAUAAUAAAAAUAUAAAUGUGUUUUCCUAUUGGUACUCAGGUUACCUAACUCCAUAUUGUCUGAGAUUAACUAUCUGGGACAGUUUUCUCUGAACAUUGAAUACAAAUUAUGAUUAUUUGGUAGCAUUAAAAAUAUUCCUAGUUAGUAUAUAUUUAUAAUUUCUACAAUUUUAUGAAACAAAAUAAAAUAUCAAAUACUUACGGUUUUUUUGAUACAACUAGGUACUUAAUAUUAUAGUUAAAUAAUAUAAAUGUAUGUAUUUUACUUUUCCAACUACGACAGUGGUAUACCCAUCAUCAAUACCAGUUCUUUUAGAUUCUGAAUAGGAUUGAAAUAUAUUGGUUUUACAAAGAUGUUUAUAUUAUUUUUAUUUUUUUAUACUGUACAAAGUACCUGUACACGCCUUACUGGAAGAGUGACUGGUUCAGUAUAAUAAAAUUAUAUAGUAGGGUAGAUUACGGAAAUUUAUUUCCUUCCUUUUCUUUAGUAUCUAUUAUUUAUAUGGUUGUCUAUUUUUAAAUUCAAAUUGCAUUAAUUUUUAAUCAACAAAUCAAACAAAUUAAUAUAUUGGUAUAAUGGUACCUAUAGUUAAUAAAUCAUUAAAAAACUUGAGCAUAUACAAUAUCUUUUUUACAACAAAACCUAUAUUUGAACCACUACUAUAAUAUGUAGUAAGUAAAAUCUGGUAAGAUUAGUACCUAAAUAGUAAAUAAAUUAAUAAUAGUUACCGGUUGAAGUUAGGUUCAUGCGAUAUUCAUAUUAACUUAUUAUAUAUAUUUGUUUAUAGUUUUUUUUGUAUUCUAUAGUCUUAUAUCUAUAUAGUAAAAACAUUUAUUUUUAUAAAUCUAAUCGAAAAAAAUUAAAAUUUAUAAUCAUAAAUAGGUAAGUAAAUUUUGAUUUUUGUAAAUAAGCUGCAUACGAGUAUGACGCCCCUAAGUUGGCCACCUCUGUAAUAUAUUGUAUAGUCAUUUUGUUAUAUCUGUGUCUCCCCCAUAAUAUAGGUACCAAAAAAAAACAUUCUUCCAUGAUAGUGACUCUCUAGUUGAAUUUAGGGUAAACCUUUUAUAUUAAGUAUUUUACAUAAAAAAAAAAAGAAUAGAUAUAUACUUAGGUAUUUAUUUUAUGAAUGGUUUUUUUAAUAUUUAAAUUUCUUAAUAAGUUAUUAAUAGUUAACAUUUUGAGAAAGUAAGUUAAAAUACACUUUUUUGAUUAAAACAAAUCAUUCAUAGGAUUCAUAUUAAAUACUCUUCUUUAAAAAAUGAAUAAUAGGUCCCUUCACCCUAAACUCAAUCAAAGAGUUUCAAUAGUGGAAAUACGAAGUGUUUUUGUCACUAAAUUACCAGUGAGUUAGACAAUGAAAACAAAUGUUAAUGAUGAUUAUUCUUAAUAUUAAAAUAUAAUAUACUUUAAACAGUGCGUACAUCUAUGGUUGAAACUACAUCUUAUGGGGCUGCCUUAGCGGCUGGCAUUGCUGUUGGUGUAUGGAAUAUAAAUGCCAUCAAAUCUGAUUGUGAUACAUUUUCUCCGACUAUAUCUGAAGAAGGUAAACAUUUUGUAUAAUGUUGCUAAACAUCAAAUCUCUAUUCAAUAUUGUUAUUACACUAUUAGUGAUAUGUUAAGGAAAUAAUGUAAACAUUUCUAAGUAGGUAUCUUUUACUUGUAGACUAUUAUAUAGAGUAUGCAUCUGGAGGAAGAGGACAAGAAGUUUAUGGGACUAGACAAGUAAUGACAAUAAGUAGUGAUAUAAUAAGGAGAUUAAAUGUUUAAAGCUUUUACUUAGAAAAAUACCUAUAACUUAUAGGAAUGCAAAACAUAGGAUUAAGUGUUGUUAGAUUAAGUGGAGAGAAGCAUCAAGUGACUUUCAAUAAGGCUAAAGGGUAUGUUCUGCAAGAGUGUAGAGUUUAAUGAGACCGAUUAUGUUGUACAGUUUGGAGUGCUGAGCAGUAGGUAGAAAAAUAGAAUAGAGAAUAAAUGUAUCAGAGAUGAGAGUACUUAGGUGAAUAAGUGAAGUGAUAAAAGAAAAUUAGAUAAUAGAUGAGUACUUAAGAAUUAGCUUACAUAUGUCUUUGAUAGUAGAAAAAUGAGAAAAAAUAGGCUUAAAUAGUUUGGACAUAUUACCAGGAGAGGAAUCAGAAGCAGUAAGAAUGGUAAUAAAAAUGAAUAUAGGAGAAAACAGGGGAAGAGAAAUUAAAAAGUGGUGGUUAGAUUGUUAGAUGUGGUUGAUAUAUAGACAGCCAGUGUGUGUAUAAAUAUUAUUGUAGAUUGAUUAAGUAGAAAUUUAGGAGGAGAGUGGCUAACCUCAAAUAGUUAAAAUGAAGGUAAAAGGAAGAAGAAAAAGAAGUACCUAUUUACUUCCAAAAAAUUUGUAUUUGUAUUUUUUACAUGUAUCUAUUUAAGUAAAUUUUGAUUAUAAUUGAUUAUAAACAAAUUUAUAUAAUGAUUUAAGGUGAGUGCACUUGUAUUAAUAAUUAUUAUAAUUUCACAAAAUAAUUAAUUGAUUAAAUUUGAAUUUAAUAACUUCCUAUAAAUAUUAAUUUGGUACCUAUAGAACUUUAAAUAACAAAAAUAUUUUACAAAAUAUCUAUGUAAUCAUUUUUUAUUUUAGAACAAACUUCAAAGUACCAUAAAUGGAAAGAAGCAAUUUAUCAAAGUGUUGGGUGGAGCAAAAAUGAUGAAGAGGAAGAUGACUGUGAAGGAUUUUUGAAUCAUUAAAAGUAGACUUUAUUAUUAGUAUGAAUACCUUUAGCUUUAUUUUUUCAUAUGUUCAGUUAAAUAUUGAAAAUUAUUAAUACUGUAAUUAAGACAGAUUUAUUAGAUUUAUAAGACAAACAAUUAUGGAUUUUUUUAAAAUCAGAGGAUUAUUCUCAAACUUUUAUAGAUAACAUAUGUAUUCAAAAGAUUCUCAUGACCCCAUAAAUAUAUAAUAUAUUAUAUUUAUUUUAUUAUUUAUUAUUACUUAAUAAUUGUAUUCCUUAGGAAUAUAAUAUUAUAUUGUUUAUUAUGGACUAUGGUUUAUUUAAAUUAAAUCAGUGCUUUACAUUAGGUGGCAUUAUUUCUAAAAAUUCUAAGAUGGGUAUUAUACGGUUUCAAUAUAAAUUGGGAUACCAUGUCAUGAUUGCACUAAAGGUGUAUUUAUCAGGUGUCAACAUUCUACUUAUCAGUUAAAUAAAAAUUAUACAUUCAUAGUUGAAACCAUAGAGAAUUACUCUAUGGUUGAAACCGCCACCAAGAGAUGGGAGUGCUGAUUACCCUAAAGCUAAAAUUACUCUAGCAAAUGUGAAAUAUUAAAUAUAAUAAUCUUACAAUUUAAAAUUAUAAUGUUACCUAAUUUAAAAUGUUUAAAUGUAAAUUGUAUGUAAAGGUUAAUACACAUAAACUUAAUACAAUCCAUAAUCAAAAACAUUUUUCUGUAUGAUACAUUUAAAAUGUAAGAUAGAUCUACUGAAUAUGAACA